UGAUUGAGCCUGGUUUUCUAAAAGAGAUUUUGUUGAUUGGAAAUUAAAAACAAAAAAAGAGUAUUACUACAUCUCGGUUGAGAAAUUGAAUUCGCCACAAACUGGCAACUGUCAAGACCGACCGACGAAUUCAUACCGUUCUGACAUUUACAUUGUUCGAGCUCAUUGUUUAUAUUUAUUUCGUUGAAAUUAUUUUUAAUAUUUCACUUCAAAUCUCAACAUAAUUUCGUCUCUAUUCAAAAGUGGAAAUCCUUAGUCCAAAAUCAAAAAAAAAAAUUUCAUUUCUUUUCAAUUGCAUUUCCCACCAAAAGAAUCAACACAUAGCAUUGCCCAUUGUUUGUUGUAACUUUAAAUUUUAGUACGACUAAAUCGAAAUGAUGACCUAGAUGGCUCACGAAUCUAACAAGUGACUUUGACAGUUCAAACCGAUUCAGCUUGUUGAUGAGAAAAAAAUUCGUCUUUGCAUUCAAACGACGCCAAUUAUUUUCUUCUUAAAGAUACGUGCGUAUAAUCGAUGAAAUUUCCGUGAAAAUGAAUAUAAAAAUUGACAUUAGUUUAUGUCGUGUGUGUUUAAAGCAGGGACCCGGCAUCAAUAUUUACACCGGCAAUAUUUUGGAAAAAUUUCUAUUCACAACUCUAGUACAAGUGGAGAAAAAUGACGGUUUGUCAGAGAUUAUAUGCAAAAAGUGUUUGGCACGCCUGCAAAUUGCCUAUGAUUUUAAAAAAGAUGCCAUCGCAUCGAAUCGAGAACUUCGCAGCUUCAUUUCGAAUGUGAACAAGCAAUUUCAACAGGUCACUGGUACCAAUACCGUUGAUACUAAAUCGAAACGCAAAUCGCAAAAGGAUGGCGAAAGUGAAUCGUUUGAUGAACUGGAAGAGGAUAUGCAAGCUCUGAUCGAUGACGAACAAGUGACUGAGUUCAAAGAUAUCGAAAUCGAUUUGCCUGACGAUACGAAAAAGGAAAUCGAUAGAGAUCAACUUGUGGAAAUACUGGGCGACAAUAAUGCCAUUACCAUUCGUAAAACACGAUCCGGGCGCACAUUUGCUGUUCAAGAGGACUCAACAGACGAACCACCAGAGAAUAUGGAAGUAUUUUUGGUUGAGGAAGGCAGUGAAGUUGAAACGGGCUACAUUGUCGAUGAGUAUGAUCAAAAUGCAGGCGAACUCAUUACAGACGAAACAGAUGAACCACAGUACUUGGAGGACGAUGAAAAUGAUGAUCAAUUGUAUGAACCGGAGACAAGCAAGAGCAGAAGUACACAUCAAAAGACGACAAGAAGCGCUAGCAGUUCAAAUCAAGAUAAUCGUUGCGAAGUGUGUCACAAGACAUUCAGCACACGAACCAAUUUAACACGGCACAGAAUCACACACGAAGGUCGAAAACCAUACGUUUGCCAGAUUUGUGGCAAUGCUUUCACCCAAAAUGGAUCGUUGAAGUCGCACAUGUUCAUUCACACGGGCGAACGCCCAUUCCAGUGCAAAGAAUGUGGAAAGGCAUUCACACAGAGUAAAUCGUUGGUAUUCCACUUGCGACGACACACGGGUGAGAAACCGUUCCCAUGCACAUAUUGUGGCAUUAAAUUCCGGCAGAAGGAUGGUCUUAAGCGUCACAUAGCCGCCAAACAUGCACCAGAUCGAUCGAAGCACCACGUUUGUGAUAUUUGUGGCAAGGUUCUAUUGUCCAAAUAUUCGCUGAACAUGCACUUGAAUCGGCAUUCCACCCAAGAGCUAACUGCUCACGGAAGAAGCACCAAUAAAUCAGAAAAUUCAACAGGCAAUGAUUGCAUUUCAGCUGACGGUGUGAAGAGUGAAGACGAAAAGAUCAGAGGCGACAUGGGUUGGGAUGAACUCUAUUCGUGUGACUUUUGCGAUCAGGCUUUCACCAACUCAAAUGAUUUGAUAGAACACCAAGAAUCGCAUCCUGAAGCCAAUGAUGAUCAACCCAUGGAAGACUCUAGUUAGAAGUGAUUAAUAUAAGAAUAUCCUAUUUUUAAGCAACAGUAAUUGUAUGAAAUGCCGUCUCUUUCCAAAAUCCUUUCUUUUGGCCCAUAUUUUUCUAUAUAAGACAGUUUUAUUUUGAGGCUUCGAAUAUUUUCAAUAUUGUUCAGAUACUUGUAUAUGGUUAAGACAACACAAUAAAUCAAACACUGAAGACAGUCAA